AUGCACAGUUUAGACGCCAAUUUGAAUUCAGAUAACGUGGUCGUUCUCAACCCCAACGGUAAAUUAUACCUCAGUCUACUCAAGAACACCUACGAAACCUUUGGUAUGGAAGGCAUCAAACGCACAAAAGCAGAUAUCAAGCACGAUAAACACAUCAUCAUGAUUGAUCUCAAAAGCCCUCAUUUUAAACCUGAUAGUAAGGCAUUCAAUCGUUUAAAGUGGUGUUUAGAAAAUACCUUGACAACCACUUUUAGUAUGGUUGCUUGUGCUACAGACAAAGUGACAGGAACAACAAUAGAUAUACAAUGGCCUUCCAUGACACAACGGAUAAUGAAAUUGGACAUGGAACCCGAAUUAGAGACAUUGACGGAUAUUCAUAUACCUACAUUCGACUCUAUCAAACACGACAUACACGCACAACCUACAGAGGAUUGGGAUACAGAGGCCAUGGACGCUAUUGAAUGGUUAGGGUUGGCUCAUGUCAAAGCAAGUCGUAUCAAGAAUUCCGAUAGACCCAACCCUUUUAUAUCUGUCUACCAAGCACCGGGUACUUUAUUAGAGAGUCAAAGAGGAACACUUGUCAAAUGGAAGGGAUUUAUUCCUGCAUCCAUCAUUCAAAACAUCUUGACCAAUCUUCGCAAAAUGAUGGCAUCUGGUGUCACGUCGGAAUGGACUUCACUUAGUGUGUGGGGAUACAAGGAUUCGCCAUUUACAUGGAAAGAAGUACAACAUUAUCACGCUUUAAACGGAGAGAAUGAUUACACAUUUUUACUAUUACCCAAAUUACAGUCCGCCUAUACAUAUCAACUCUACGGUUCUCAUCAUGUCAAAUAG